AUGCCCUUCUCAAUCUUCUCUUUCAAUCUCUUUCCCUUCGUUGAAGAAACCCAGUUUUUGUCUCACCUUCACUUCCCUUCUGCGGAUAUUUUAACAUCAAUCACAUCACCACCACCACCACCACCACCACCACCGCCACAAUGCCAUUCCCUCAAACCCCGUAAAAGAGUAAUGAAUCGCACUUCUGUUUGUAAAUCUGUCUUUCUUUUGACUAGUGGUGAUAGUUUAGAGACUUUUAGGAAAUCCCAUUUGGUUGAUGAGGAUGAAGUUUAUUGGAAACGAAAGAAGAGUAGUGAAGAGUUGGAAUGGUCACAUAAUUCCACUCACGUUAUUUCGCAGUUAACUCAAUGUUUUGCUAAUGCUAUGGUUGGACCACGUUCAUGGCUAGCAGGGCUCUUUACUCGCUCAUAUAAACGCAAUGACAAAGUUCUUGACUUCUGCCUGACUCCUCAUCUGGAACUAAGACUACAAAAGCUUCAAGAACGAAUGAGAGCACCUUUUGAUGAGACACGCCCUGAUCAUCAAGAAGCUCUCAGAUCAUUGUGGAAUGCAGCUUUUCCAGAUAUUCCUCUGAAAGGCUUGAUAUCUGAGCAGUGGAAAGACAUGGGUUGGCAAGGUGCUAAUCCAUCAACUGACUUCAGGGGUUGCGGUUUUAUUUCUCUUGAGAACUUGCUGUUUUUUUCAAGAACUUAUCCGGCAUCUUUUCGUAGGUUAUUGUUCAAGCAGGGUGGGCAGCGAGCUACUUGGGAAUACCCGUUUGCUGUUGCUGGCAUUAAUGUUUCGUUUAUGUUGAUCCAGAUGUUGGAUUUACAGUCAGAAAAACCAAGAUGUCUUCCAGGAGUCACUUUUGUUAAAUUACUAGGAGAAGAUGAGUCUGCCUUUGAUGUACUAUUCUGUAUAGCUUUUGAAAUGAUGGAUGCUCAGUGGCUUGCAAUGCGUGCUUCUUACAUGGAGUUCAAUGAGGUUUUACAAGUAACAAGAACACAGUUGGAGAGGGAGCUAUCUUUAGAAGACGUACAUCGAAUAAAAGAUUUACCAGCAUACAACCUGUUGACAGUACUGGGGUUUUCAUUCAUAGGUUUUGUUGACUCAACCAGAAGUUAUGGAAGAUUUGAUUUGCAUAUAACAUUAGCCCUUGGCUGUGUCCCUGUGUCCAACAGCAUCUUGUUUGCCAUGGUUUCCACUUUUGAGUCAGAGAGGAGAGGUUCAAGGGGAUUAGGAUGGGACUUUGUAUAG